GGAGCCAGUACCAAAUGAGGAGGAAAGGACGAUGCCAUCGAGGCGCUGCAGCGAGGCACCCUUCCUCCCCGUGCAGCACUAAGCACCCCCCGGCGCGGGAGACCCUGACCUACGCGCAGGCGCAGAGGAUGGUGGAGAUCGAGAUCGAGGGGCGCCUGCACAGGAUCAGCAUUUUCGACCCCCUGGAGAUCAUACUGGAAGAUGACCUCACCGCUCAAGAAAUGAGCGAAUGCAACAGCAAUAAAGAGAACAGUGAGAGGCCGCCUGUGUGCCUGAGAACUAAGCGCCACAAAAACAACCGAGUCAGAAAGAAAAAUGAGGCCGUCCCCAGCGCGCACGGCACACCGGCCUCGGCCAGUGCGCUUCCGGAGCCCAAGGUGCGGCUGGUGGAGUACAGCCCCCCGUCCGCCCCCAGGAGGCCCCCCGUGUACUACAAGUUCAUCGAGAAGUCGGCGGAGGAGCUGGACAACGAGGUGGAGUACGACAUGGACGAGGAGGACUAUGCCUGGCUGGAGAUCAUCAACGAGCGGCGGAAGGGCGACUGCGUGUCGGCCGUGUCGCAGAGCGUGUUCGAGUUCCUGAUGGACCGCUUCGAGAAGGAGUCGUACUGCGAGAACCAGAAGCAGGGCGAGCAGCAGUCGCUGAUCGACGAGGACGCCGUGUGCUGCAUCUGCAUGGACGGCGAGUGCCAGAACAGCAACGUCAUCCUCUUCUGCGACAUGUGCAACCUGGCCGUGCACCAGGAGUGCUACGGCGUGCCCUACAUCCCUGAGGGCCAGUGGCUGUGCCGACAUUGCCUGCAGUCCCGGGCCCGGCCCGCUGACUGCGUGCUCUGCCCCAACAAGGGAGGUGCCUUCAAAAAGACGGACGAUGACCGCUGGGGCCACGUGGUGUGCGCCCUGUGGAUCCCGGAGGUGGGCUUCGCCAACACGGUGUUCAUCGAGCCCAUCGACGGGGUCAGGAACAUCCCGCCCGCCCGCUGGAAGCUGACCUGCUACCUCUGCAAGCAGAAGGGCGUGGGCGCCUGCAUCCAGUGCCACAAGGCCAACUGCUACACGGCCUUCCACGUCACGUGUGCCCAGAGGGCCGGCCUCUACAUGAAGAUGGAGCCCGUGAGGGAGCUGGCCGGCGGCGCCGCCACCUUCUCCGUCAGAAAGACUGCGUACUGUGACGUCCACACGCCCCCGGGCUGCACCCGGAGGCCUCUGAACAUUUAUGGGGAUGUCGAAAUGAAAAAUGGUGUGUGUCGAAAAGAGGGCUCAGUCAAAACGGUCAGGUCCACGUCCAAAGUCAGGAAGAAAGCGAAGAAGGCUAAGAAGACGCUGAGUGAGCCUUGUGCGGCCUUGCCGCCUGUGUGCGCGCCCUACAUCCCCCCUCAGAGAUUAAAUAGGAUUGCGAAUCAGGUGGCCAUUCAGCGGAAGAAGCAGUUUGUCGAGCGCGCCCACAGCUACUGGCUGCUGAAGAGGCUGUCCAGGAACGGCGCCCCCCUGCUGAGGCGGCUCCAGUCCAGCCUGCAGUCCCAGCGGAGCGCGCAGCAGAGGGAGAGCGACGAGGAGCUCCAAGCCGCCAAGGAGCAGCUGAAGCGCUGGCAGCGGCUGCGGCACGACCUGGAGCGCGCCCGCCUGCUGGUCGAGCUCCUGCGCAAGCGCGAGAAGCUCAAGCGGGAGCAGGUGAAGGUGGAGCGCAUGGCGCUGGAGCUGCGGCUGACCCCGCUGACCGUGCUGCUGCGCUCUGUCCUGGACCAGCUGCAGGACAAGGACCCGGCUCGCAUAUUCGCCCAGCCGGUGAGCCUGAAGGAGGUACCAGACUACCUGGACCACAUCAAGCAGCCCAUGGACUUCGCCACGAUGAGGAAGCGGCUGGAAGCCCAGGGGUACAGGAGCCUCCUUGAGUUCGAGGAGGACUUUGACCUCAUCGUGGACAACUGCAUGAGAUACAAUGCCAAGGACACGGUGUUCUACAGAGCUGCGGUGAGGCUGCGUGACCAGGGGGGUGUCGUCCUGCGGCAGGCCCGCCGCCAGGUGGACAGCAUCGGCUUCGAGGAGGCCUCCGGCCUGCACCUGCCCGAGCGGCCCGCCGCGGCCCCUCGGCGGCCUUUCUCCUGGGAGGACGUGGACAGGUUGCUGAACCCGGCCAACAGGGCCCACAUGGCCCUGGAGGAGCAGCUGAGGGAGCUGCUGGAGAAGCUGGACCUCACGUGCUCCAUGAAGUCCAGUGGGUCGAGGAGCAAACGGGCCAAACUGCUGAAGAGAGAGAUCGCCGUCAUCCGGCACAAGCUGAGCCAGCGGCACAGCCCGCCCGCGGCCGCCGAGUCAGGUACUGGAGGCUUGGAAGACGAAGGCGCUCGGCCUGGGCAGGAGCCGGGGGAGGAAGGAGAUAAAUCUCCCCCUAAACUUGAACCAUCAGAUGCAUUACCUCUUCCUUCAAACUCGGAGACUAAUUCAGAACCACCAACCCUCAGACCAGUAGAACUCAACCCAGAGCAGAGUAAACUUUUCAAAAGAGUCACAUUUGAUAAUGAGUCACAUAGCGCUCGCUCUCCGAGCGCGCUGGUACUCGGACGCCCUCCAGAGCCCACCGUCGCCCGUAGUGGCGAUGCUCCGGCGGCGGCCUCCGCGGUGGCGGAGCCAUCAAGCGAUGUAAACAGACGCACCUCUGUUCUCUUCUGCAAAUCGAAAAGUUCCUUCCGAGGUUGGAGACUCUUCUGCAGCCAAGAAAAAGGUCGCGGAGCACCUGCGGCGACUGCGAGGUGGAGGAGGGGUCCCCGGGAAAGCGCCUGGACACAGAGUGGCAGUAGAGUCAGUGGAAGCCGCUGGGCCUCACUGCUGUGUGGCCGGGAGCCUUAGUCAUGCUGGGGCAGAGUGCCGCCCCCGCCGCCCCCGCAUCCAUUUCUGGCUUCGCCUCGCCCGAGCCCCCGGUUCUGCGUGCCUGGACCUCUUGCUCCGAGCUGCACCUUCGCGGGCCGAGGACCGAAGCGCUCUCCAGACCCGCCGUCCGUGCUGCCUUUAGGGUCCCCGGUGCUCAAGCAUGAAGCACGUCCCACUUAGUCACAGCAGAUGGGUUCCCGGGCGUCGGAGCGUUGGCGCCGGCUCUGCUGCUCACGCUGUCUCGUCUCGUGGAGCCGCACUGUCUCCUAGCACCCCGCUUCCGUGGCCGCUGACUCACUCCAGCGACGGACAGUCAGGCCCCAGCUCCUCGCUGCUUGGCCCUCCUCUCGCGGUCCUGCUGCGUGAUGCCCGCCGUGCGCAUGCGCGUGCGGGGGUGGGGGUGAGGGGCGAGGGGCUCAUGUCUUCGGCGACCAGGGCAGAGCCGGUCUCCUAGUGCCUUCAGUCAGACUAAACGGCUUUCCGCUGUUCUCCAGGUCCCCACUUACUACUAACACGCUGGGUGGUUCAUGCUCUGGAUCCUAACUUUUCUCUCGCUCCGCUGGGACUGGCGUGUCGGGUCGUUUCGGAACGCAGAGAGAUCGCUGCACCUUUGCAUUUCUGUGAUUGUUUUGGAUGACGUUGGAAGCAUCAGUUCAGCCUUCCUUCCAACAAAACACACACCAGUUCGUGGAGGAGGCCUGUCCCUCCUCUGAGUCAGACGGGCCCCCCAGGAGAACCCGCCUGGUGCUGCCUCCGCGGGCGGGGAUGCCGCCUCGGCCCUCCCUGUGGAUGGGGGCGAUGCCUUAGACAGCCCCUGCCCUGCCUCCAUGGACGACUUGUGGACACGUCCUGGCCCUGCCCUCGGCAGGCCCAGAACCCAGCCUGAAGUGAUGGGUUCUGGACGGCGCUCGGCGCGCCUCGCGGGCGUUGCUGGACCACUGGCGCGAACUCCGACUCGACUCCACUCACGUCUGCGUCCCGGGCUCUGCCCAGUCUCCCUCCCCUGCCUCUUCAUUCUUCCUGCCCGGUUGUCCCGGGCAGGGCCAGCUCUGUCUCUGGUCAGCACGCCAGCACCUUCCUGCUACCACUGCGUCUUUGCGGAGCUGGUCUGGGCACAGGCAGGGUGGUGGGGAUCUUAUUUGCUGUGUUUUUAUGUUUUAAUCGAGAGGUCGAAAAACAAACAAUGAAAUUUUAUUGCCAAUAGUAAAAAUAAAAACGCGUGAAUGAAACACUGGGCCGUGCGCCCUCACGGGGCCACUGGCCUCUGCGCCGCUCCCACACCGGGCUGCGUCGUCUGUUUGGGGGGCUCCGUGUGCACACCACGUGGCCCAGGUGGACGGCGGGGAGCAUGGCCCGCUCCUGGCUUUGCCUCUUUGGCUGCCAGCUAGGGGGUUCUUCAAGGCCUGAUGAGGGUGUGGCAGGUGUGGACCGCGGCCGUCACACCUAUAGCAGCACCUGGGGCUUCUCACCGCCUGGCUGUGCUGUGGCCACUGUGAGUGGAGGGCCAGCCUUGGCCACCUUUCUCUAAAGACUGCUCGGGGACCCUGCGGGCACCCCUUCCGCACACGGCCGGAGCUGCCGCGCCAGCCUCAGUCCAGCGAAGGGCGCUCCUUGCCUCCUAGCACACCCUCCGAUGCCCUGACGGGAGCGGGGGCACAGCUGCUGUGCGGGGGGCCUGGGGCCUUUCCCAAGGGCCACCUCGCCUUCCACAUUCGUAGCGCGUCGGCCUCACUUCGGCGUCUGAGGACUGGUGCCAAGGAGCCGCUGAGGUGUGCGUGGCCGGGGACGCAGUUUGGGCGCGAGACCCGGUGCCGAUGGCCGCCUGCCGAUUGUGGGUGGCCCGUGGGCCGUCUGCAGACCUGCAGAGCCGGCCCAGCUGAGUGUCACUUCAGGUCCUUGCAGCAGCUGGCGGAAAGGGUUGGCACAGGGAGCCUGGAGGGGAGGCAGGGAGACGUGGAGCCAGCAGGCCAGCCCGCCUGCCACCGCCGAGGAGGGUCGUGGCUGUUGUCAGGCCCUGCACCAGCCACAGUGGCCUCGGCAGCAGGGCACGUCUGUGGUGCCGGCCACUCCACAGGUGCUCAGUGACAUUUUACAGGGAACGCGUGACAAGCCGUGUAGAUGAAGAGCUCAACACCCUGGCUGUGUGCCCCUCUCGCUCGGUCCUUAGAUGAAAAGUAGUGAUCGCUCUUAUGUCUCAGAUCGAGGCUUCCCCAUGUUUAAUCUUUUCCCUUCGUGUGUCACCUGGUGGUGGUUGUCCCCAAGCACGUCACCUCCUAAUGGACGUCACGGUGCGGCCUAUGUGUUCUGGUGCUGGGUCUCCUUUGUCUUGGACGCCUUUCUGCUCGGGGGCCUCCCCCACUCUGCCCUUGGCCAGGUGGGCCGGCACCUGCCGCAGGGCCCGGGGGGCUGUCUGCAGGAGCCGCGUGUACGGGUCCCGGGGGAGGGACUCGCCCAUCACGGUUUGGAGAGGCUUCCUGGCCGGGCCGGCGAAGGUGCGCCCACGGGUCUUGUGUGUUGUAUGCGGCGAGGCCGUAGCUGGGCCUCAGUUCUCUGCGAGUCUGGCACAGGGUGUGUCUGGACCGGGCUGAGUGAGGGCGCAGGCAGUGGCCUCAGCCUGGUGCUGGGCCGGGACGUGCGUCUGCGUGACUGGCCCCUUCUCCCUGGCCUGGAUCCCACAUACUGGGCUCCAUCUGUCCGUCUGUCUAUCUGUCUGGGUUGAGUGGGCCGCUUCUGACUUGCCUGACUCAAAUUGGGGUUGCUCUGUUGUUGGGGGGCCCCACCGUGCCCAGACAGUGCUGUCUGCGCCCUCCUGAGAACUGUCACCCUGCAGGACCCCGAGGGUUGGAACGCAGGUCCUGUCCUUUUGCUCCUCCCGUUUGCUCCAACCUGCCGUUGGGGCCGGGGUCAGUUCCUACACGUUCGGGGGUGACAAGACGCUAGUCGUGUCUCAUGCGUCACCUUAGCUGCUUUUUCCAACGUGGUUUGGCAGAUGCUGACAGAUUUCUAGAUUACAGAAUGAGCGUUAACACCAACUGUCCACAGUCACUGCUUAUAAACACAGCUUAGUUUUUAAAUUAAAAACACUUAGUUUUUCUGAAAGCCAAGGGCGUUAAGUCCAGCAGAAGCCCAGCCAGACGCCUGAGGUACUCAAGGGAAGCGCGUAGCUCUAGUCUGUUCGUCAAGCAGCAAAGCCUGGUCUGUUUCUGCUUUUUGCUUCUUAGUUGCCAUCAAGGUUUAUUCGCCUCUCACUUAAAAGUAAGUCACAUUCACUGAGAAAACGCAGAAAAGUAACACUGGUGGACCUCGGAGAGACUGUGGGCUUGGUUCCAGACACUGCAGUAAAAGCUGUCGCGAUCGAGUGAGUCGCACGAAUUUUUUGGUUUCCCAAUGCGUAUAAACGUUUCGUUUACACUGCACUGUAGUCCAUUAAGUGUGCGUUAUGUCUGAACAACGUAUGUACCUUAAUGAAAAAAUACUUAAUUGGUAAAAAAUGCUAACCGUCGUCCGAGUCUCGC